AUGACUGCUAACAAACCUCUCGAUGAUGCCAUCAUCAUCGGCAUAGACUUUGGGACUACGUACUCGGGUGUCGCUUGGGCCUACUCACGCGAGCCUGAGGAGAUCGAAAUUGUGACUAGCUGGGAAUCUGAACUUAAUCAUUGUUCCGACGUGGAGAAAGCACCUACCCAGAUUCACUAUGGUCAAAAUAACCAGGACAUCAAAUGGGGAUAUGGCAUUUCCCCCGAACAUGAACCCUUGAAGUGGUUCAAGCUUUUGCUCCUCGAACCCAAAGACAUCCCUCAAGGCGCUGCUAACUCUACCCAGCUCAAGGAGGCACGUCGUCUACAGAGCAAGGCCGGAAGGGAGCCCGUCAAAAUCGUGGCAUGCUUCCUUCGAAAGAUCUGGGAUCACUCUGUCGAGUCCAUCAGACGUACUAUUGGGGAUGAUGUUAUGAAGCGAUCCAAUUUCCAGGUCGUCAUCACCUUGCCGGCCAUCUGGCCCCCCUAUGCUCAGCAUCGAAUGAAAAUGGCUGCCAAUCAGGCAGGCAUUCUGGAUCCACGCCCUGCUGGCCCUACUACUCUCCGCUUCGUCUCUGAACCAGAAGCUGCAGCACUCGCUACCAUCAAAGAUCUCUCCAAGCGCUCGAGUAUCAAGGAUCUCAUUAGCUACAUCUUUCAAUCAACUGAUCCAUUCGUUGUCAAGGAAUGUGUCAAAGGCGAUGGCGACCUCUGUGGGGGAGUUUUUCUUGACGAGGCCUUCAUCAGAUUUGUCAAGAGGAAGAGUCCCAAGGGUACAUGGUUCCCUGUCACUAAGACCGAAGAGAGGAAAUUUCUUAAUGAUGAGUGGGAGCAUGGUAUCAAACCUCAAUUUGAGAAUCAGCAGCGGAUCUGGUCGCUCACUCUUCCCGAUACUUGUGUCAACCCUUCUAGCCGAGGCUUGAUGCGCCGUAUGACACUUGAUCUCACAUCCCAGGAUCUUCUUUCAGUGUUCUCUCCGAUCGUUGACAAGAUUGAGGUCCUCGUCAGACGCCAGGUCGAUGCAAUCCAUAGAAAAUACCAGGAGAAGCCCAAGUACAUUAUCCUUGUCGGUGGUUUCGGUCGCAGUCGCUUCCUUUUCAACCAUCUUCAGGAUCGGUUUGGACCUACCAUCUUGCAGUCUCGUGGAAACAAGCCUUGGACUGCCAUUUGCCGUGGCGCGGUCGUGCAGGGUCUCGUCCGACAUAACCCCUUGGCUAAUCUGGGUGUUGAAGUCGAGACACGGGUGGCUCGAAUGAGCUAUGGUAUUAAAAUCAGAGCACCAUUCAUGGAGGGACACCACAACCAGGCGGAUAAGGUGUGGUCCCACGUAUAUCAAAAGUAUCUAGCCGACAACCAAAUGGCAUGGUUUCUGAAAGAGGUAAAGAAGAACUAA